AUGCGGAUACCACACUGUGAUCCAGUAUGCAAGGAUGCUCUCCAUGGUGGUUCUGUAGAAAGCCAGCUGUCACCUAGCUUUAAGAUUCUUCUUCCUAAGAACUCCCAGGAAUACAGAUAUGUUUACUUUGUUCUCUUGUUCACGCUCUAUGUUCUCAUUCUGUGCUCUAAUUGCGCCAUUAUUUGGGUCAUCUGGAUUCACAGGAGCCUUCAUGAGCCCAUGUACGUUUUCAUUGCUGCUUUGUCACUCAACUCGAUUUUGUUCAGCACUGCGAUCUACCCCAAACUCUUUGUGGAUGUCUUGUCUCACCAGCAGACAGUUUAUCCCUCAGCUUGUAUGUUGCAAUAUUUCGUCUUUUAUACUUUAGCUGCUGCCGACUUCUACCUGUUGUCCGCCAUGGCUUACGACAGGUAUGUGUCUAUCUGCAAACCUCUGCAAUAUGCCACCAGAAUGGACACCACCAGUGUGGCUGUCUUCUUGGCUUUGGCCUGGUUUGUACCCACAUGCCAUGUGUUGGUGCCGACCGUCGUCAGCAUAAAGCAAAACAUGUGCCACUCUACAUUAGUGGGAAUAUUCUGCAACAACUCCAUCCAGAAACUUUUUUGUGUAAUACCGAGGUUUCUCACUGUGUGGGGUUUGUUUGCUCUGACUAAUCUGACUCUCCUCCCUGUGCUGUUUAUCGCUUUCACAUAUAUCAAGAUAUUGACAGUGGCAUAUCGCAGCUGCGGAGAAGUCAGGAAAAAAGCAGCAGACACAUGUUUACCCCACCUGAUGGUUUUAAUCAGUUUCUCCUGCUUGUGCGCUUUUGACGUCAUUAUAGCACGACUGGAAGGGGAACUUUCCAAAAGUCUGCGACUGAUGAUGAGUUUACAAAUCAUUAUGUACAAUCCCCUGUUCAAUCCCAUCAUAUACGGAGUGAAGAUGAAGGAAAUCUGGAAACACAUCAAGAGAUUGCUCAUCUUGUGCUAG